CUGAGCAGCAAAAUGGCCGCCCGUCAACCGACUGACUCCACAGCGCUUUGAAAUUUAAAUUCUUCUGCACAUUAGGGUUUACACUAUUACAACGUUAGUACUUAUUUACGAACCUGUAGCUUGUACCACGCGUGUAUUUUUUUCAUCGUCUGCCUGCCACUUACUUGACUGUGUCGUCGCUGUUUUUGUCGACGAAUGCCUCAAAAAGCAAGAAGAAAAAAAAUCGCACUGAAGCACUUUAGCUAAGCUAGCUAGCAGGUUAGCUUCUUUUCAUAUGUGAUUCCAGAGAAGAAAGGAGAACCAGGACUGGAGCUGUAGUUCAUGGAAGACAAGAAAAGGAAAAAAGACGACAAAAGGAAAAGGGAAGCCUCUCAGAAGGUCACAGAACAAAAAAACAAAGUGCCAGACUUGACCAAGCCGGCGGUUGUCCAGUCUCCUGCCACUCAGAGCAGCUCUGCCUCCCCCAGCCCUGGACCCGCCCCCUCUGCCUCCCCAUCCCCAGCCACCACCUUGGGCCCUGGCAGCGCUGCCACCCCGUCACAGGGCGGCAACAAUGCCAAGCGCCUGGCGGUGGCCAACGGACAGCCCACCUCCAACACCAUUUCUUCCUCCACCGCUGGCGGCCCCGGCGCUGCUGGAAACGGCAGCGCGAGUAGCGGAGGCGGAGCCCCGGCGCCUCAGCAGCAGCAAGCACGCUACAUGCCGAGAGAAGUGCCGCCGCGAUUUCGCUGCCAGCAGGACCAUAAAGUGCUACUGAAGAGGGGGCAGCCGCCACUGUCCUCCAUGCUGCUCGGAGGGGGAGGAGGCGGAGGAGGAGGAGGAGGAGGAGGAGGGGGGGACGGCCCCAAUGCAAACAUGGCUGCUGUCUCAGAUCCUGGUGCAGCUGCCUCCUCAUUGGCCCUCAACUCAUCAUCAGUUGCUGCUUCUACUACUACUUCUAAUUAUGCAAAUUCCAUGUGGGGGGUGACCUCCUCUCAGGGCAGGGAGAAGGUGAUCGUGGAUGGCAACGACCUGGAGGAGUGGCCCAGCAUUGCCGGCAAUGAUGGUGGUGGAGGGGCUUCCUUCACCGGGGCCGGAGGGGGGGGUGGCAGCGGCGGCGGCAGCAGCAGCAGCAGCAGCAGCAGCAGCAACAACAACAACAACAUAAUGCCUGUGAACAGCAUCAGUGCCUCUGGCAACCAAUCCUCACCCACUUCCUCGUUCUCUUUGCCCAAUGAAUGUAUGCAGUCGUCCAACGGCGUGGCGUGGGGGACGGCUGCCUCCCAGGGUCAUCUCGCAGGAGGGGGUGCAGUAGCUGCAGUCGGGCCCCUGCUACAAUCGCCCUCCUCACUUUCCAAAGCCUCCGCUGUGCCGGGGAGCCAUGAAGCCAGUGGCCCCGUGGACGGCAGCAGCGGGAUUCCAGGUGCCAACUUCAAUCCAAAUGCCAACCCUUCGGCCUGGCCAGCCCUGGUGCAGCAGGAGGGGGAAGGAGCUCCGUCUUCCUUCCAUCACCAGGGCCCCGGAGGGUCCUUGUCUGCCAACAACCCUGCCUCCCUGGGCCUGGGAGGAGGCGGGGCAGUCGGGGUGCUGGGGGGUCACCCACCUUUAUCUGUGAAUCAAUCAAGCACCCAUCAGCGGCAACUUCACCAAAUGCAAUCCAGAGACCGAGAGAUGGGUGGGGGGAAGUGGGACAGCGAAUCAGCGGGACCAAAAAUCGCCGGUGGGGGGGAAGGAAUUGGGGGAGGAAUGGACCGUGGAGGAGGCGAGAUGAGUGGGGGAGACCACGGCCUCGCCUCCUCCUGGAGAGGCCAGUCUUCUUACCCUGCAGCUAACUCCAAAACGGGUGCCUCAAGGACUGAUGGAUGGGAGGGGGGCGGAGCUGGUGGAUUCGGAGCUGCUGAAGGAGAUAACGGAACCUCGAGUUGGGGGUAUCCGAGUGCCACUAGUGGGGCGAGUGCUUGGGGUAGUGCUGGGAACAGCAGUCAAACCUCUGCGGUAUCUCAGGGAGGGUGGGGGUCAUCGGGAGUCGGAGGUGGAGGUGGAGGUGGAGAUUGGGGAGGGAGUUCAGCUUCUGCUGCUAGUGGAGCUAAUUUGGGAGGCGAGGGGGUCGGUGGAGUCUGCAGCAGUAACAGCAGCAGUAGUGGGGGCAGCACAGCCGGUAAUCCCCCCGCCCCCCCUUCAUCCUCCUCCUCAUCCUCAGCAGCCGCCACUACUAUGACCAGAGCUUGGGACAAUCAGAAGGGGGAGGGUGAAACGGGGGAGUGGGGAGGUGGAGGACAGGGAGCACAGGGGGGAUCCUCGUCCAGCGGCGGAAAUUCCAGAAGUGGGAGCGGGCGAAGUCACAGUCGUCCUCUCCAACCUGCACCUAACGCUGAAGCUGCCUUACAGACCCUGCUCAGCCGGUCCGAUCUGGACCCCCGGGUCCUGUCCAACACGGGCUGGGGCCAAACGCAGAUCCGACAAAACACGUCCUGGGACUUUGAGGAGCACGGAGGGAAGAGUAAAAGUGGAUCGUCGUCAGCUACGGCGAAACACGCCUCCUCCGCUCUCGGUGGUUCCUCUCAGUACUCGGGUGGACCCAGGACUCUAAUCAAUGAAUCUACGGGGGGUCCGGGGGUCAAUCCUUCCCUUGGUCCUUCCGCAGGGUCCUCCGGAGAGGGCUGGGAGAGCAGCAGCAACAGUAGCAGUAGUGGGGCCUCUCUUUCCGGGAGAGCCCCACCGCCACCUUCAGGCCACAACAUGAGGAACCUUGGCGUCUCACAAUCUGGGCCCACAGCGGGACCUGGGAUGGGGUCCGGGGGAAUGUCAGGACACAGCCAGCAGGGGAAGGCUACAGGCUGGGGGGGAGGAGGGAUGGGAAGUGGGGAUGGGCAGCAGGCUAAAGGCUGGGGGAGUGAGGAGUGGAGGGAUGGCAGUAGAGGAGGAACUGGAGGAGGAACUGGAGGAGGAGGAGGAGGAGGAGGCUGGGGGGAUCCUGGGCAACAGGGAGACCCGGCGAGUGCAGGCUGGGGAGGAAACAACAACAAGGAGGAGAAAGCAACAGGCGGGUGGAAAGAAAUGGGAGGGAAUGGAGGAGGGAGUGGGUGGGGUUCAGGACAGAAGGGGGGGCCAGGUAGGGACUGGGGAGAGCAACAGUCCAAAUCAAAUAGCGGAGGAGGAUGGGAGGACGAGAGGAAGAGUGGAGGAGGAAACUCAGGUGGUGAUUCGGGUUGGGGGAGCUGGGAUGAAGGGGCUCCUCGGAGAAACUAUGGAGGAGGGAUGGGAGUCGGUGGCGGCGGUGGAAUGGGAGGCUCCAAACCCCAUCAGAGUUGGAGUGGAGGAAACAAAAUGCACCAGAUGCCAAACAGCCAGCCGGGCCCCGUCCCGCAGGCACAACUGCAGCAGCAACAAUCACAGCCCCGCAAUCAGCAUCCUCAGAGAGCGAUGGACCAAGGGGCCAUGCAAGGGGGCGGUGGGAGAAAACCCAUCUCCCAAGCCCCGAAUCAGAACCAAAGCUCAGGCUGGACCUCGGGGCCCAUCCCUGGCGGCACCGGAGGAGGAGGAGCAACAGCAGCAGCAGGAGGAGCAGAUGCAGGAGGUGGAUCUGAGCAGAGUGGCUGGGAGGAGCCGUCACCGCAGUCCAUCAGCAGGAAGAAUGAGAUCGAUGAUGGAACAUCAGCAUGGGGAGACCCAACUCAUUACAGCUACAAGCCCGUCAACCUGUGGGAUAAGAACAGCGCCCCCGCCGGGCAGCAGCCACCACCGCAUGACCAGCAGCCUAAUGUGCAGGCUCAGCAGCAGCAGCAGCAGCAGCAGCAACAACAACAACAACAGCAGCAGCAGCAACAACAACAACAACAACAACAACAGCAGCAGCAACAACAACAACUGCAACAGCAGCAGCAGCAGCCGCAGCAACAGGCACCGCCAAUACAGCAUCAGCCUGCAAGACAAGCUGCAGGGCUCGGAAGCAACAGAGACUUCAACCCUGCCCAUGGACCUGCAAAAACUUCAGCUAUUGGUCCGUCAGGUUGGGGUGGUAAUUCUCCAGCUAGCCCUUCAGUAGACAACGGCACGACUGCGUGGGGAAAAACAAAUGAUGCCCCUACCGGCUGGGGAGACCCUGAUGAUGCUGGAGGGAAAACAACGGGCUGGGGAAACCCUUCUCCCAACCCCAUCAAACCUGUUUCAAAGUCUAUGCAAGAGGGCUGGGGGGAUAAAGAGGUCUCUGUGGCGGCGUCACGUCACUCGAGCUGGGAGGAUGAGGAGGAGGGAGGCGGCAUGUGGAACAGCGCCGGAUCCCAGGGCAGCGGCUCGUCUUGGGGGCAGGGAAGCAACGGGGGCUGGGGACAGAGCCACCAGGGGAAGAAGCCCAGCAGCAAGGGUCCAAUGAAGCCAGGUGGAGGGGACUCCUGGAUGAGUCCCAUCAACAGACAGUUCUCCAACAUGGGGCUUCUGAACGAUGAUCCCAGUGGCCAGAACAUUGACUUGGCUCCGGGUUCCCUGCAGGAGAAGAAGAUGGAAGCGGAGAAAAGAGCCAUGGGGAUGGGAAUGAACAUGAACAUGAACAUGAACGAUUACAACGGAGACAUGAGGAAGGUCGGGAGAGGAGGAGGAGGGAUGGGUUAUCGUCCACCUGGAUCCAAAGAGGCAACACCUGGAGACGCUGGAUCGUACUAUGACAAGGGCGGUCACAGUAUCUUCGGCAACAGCGGAGGGAUGGCUCAGUCAAGACACCCGCCAAGUGUGCCACCCUUAAACCAGUCCCCAGGGAUACGAGCGCAAGUGCCUCAUCAGUUCCUGUCACCUCAGGUGCCAGGCUCCGUGCUGAAGCAGAUGCCACCGCCCAGCGGGAGCGUGGGGGGUGUCGGCGGCGUGGGAGGAGUGGCGGGAGUCGGGGGAGGUGUGUUCCCUCCACAGCUGUCUCCCCAGCAUAUUGCCAUGCUCAGCAGCAUCUACCCACCGCACAUCCAGUUCCAGCUGGCCUGUCAGCUCCUCCUCCAGCAGCAGCAGCAGCCUCAGCAGACGCCACAGCAGCUGCUGCAGAACCAGAGGAAGUUUCCACCAAAUGUGCGGCAGCAGGCUGACCCUCAACAGCUGGCCCGGAUCAUGGCGAUGCUGCAGCAGCAGAGGCAGCAGCAGCAGCAGCAGGUCGGAGGUUUAGGCGGCAGCUCCAAACUCUCCCCCUCCCAUCACGGUGGGGUUGGCGGUCCCAAACUGCCCGGGGCCGACUCCCUGCCCCAUCCUGGCCUGGCUGCAUCUGUGGCUGACCUACACCAGAAAAACCUCGGACCUUAUUCCGGCUUUGGUUCUGGGGUGAACCUCCCGGGUCUGGACCUGGGCGGCUCUGUGGUGGGGGGUCCUAUGAAGGACCUGGGGAUCCAGCAGUCCCGCUUCAAAUGGAUGAUGGAGGGCCACUCGUCCCCGGACACCUCCUCACCUGAGAACGCAUUCCACAAAAACGGUCCCGUCCCCCCUAUGAAGAUGCCGGGGGGUUCGCCCUACUCUCAGUACGACAUGAUGGUUGGAGACGGGCUGGGAGACAACUGGCAUCGCACCCCCGGAAACAAGAUGGGCCCGAAGCCCCCCCCCACGCCCAGCUGGCCCCCUGAGUUCCAGCCGGGUGUUCCCUGGAAGGGGAUCGACCGGGUCGACCCUGAUACUGACCCCUACAUGACCCCAGGGAGCAUGAUGGGAAACGCAGUGUCCCCCAACCUUAAUGAUAGUGAGCACCAGUUGUUACAAGACAAUACUGAUUCCACCCCUCCCCUCAACACCUUGCUGCCUUCACCUGGUGCCUGGCCCUACAGUGCCUCAGACAGUCCCCUCAACAACGCACACAACUCAGCAAAGUACACAGACUACAAGACCAGCUGGCCCCCAGAGCCCAUCGGACACAAGUCCUGGAAAGCUAACCGUGGCAGCAGCCAGAUGUCCCAGAUGUCCCAGAUGUCCCGCAUACCUCCAGGCCUCGCCAGCCAAAAGCAGCCAUCGCCUUCCCCCUGGUCCGGAGGAGCACCUCGCCUGGCAGGCCGCGGCUGGGGCGGCGGCUCGAGCUCCACUGCCUCGACCUGGAGUGACGGCAGCUCCCGGGAAAGCUGCUGGUUGGUGCUCAGCAACCUCACACCGCAGAUCGACGGCUCCACUCUUCGCACCAUCUGCAUGCAGCACGGCCCUCUGCUGACCUUUCACCUCGGCCUGACGCAGGGCACCGCUCUGAUUCGCUACAGCUCCAAACAGGAGGCCGCCAAGGCCCAGAGCGCGCUCCACAUGUGUGUUCUGGGGAACACCACCAUCUUGGCGGAGUUUGUGAGCGAGGAGGAUGUGGCUCGCUACAUUGCACAUUCCCAGGCAGGAGGAGGAGGCAGUAACGGAGGAGGAGGAAACGCUGCCAACUCUUCAGGCUCCGGGCCCACAGCCUCCUCAGCUGUGGGGGCCAACGGUAACGGAGGAAGCUGCGAUAGAAGUGGUGGAGGAGGUGGAGGCAGUAACGGAGGAGAAGGAGGAGGAACAGCAGGAAAUGGAGGCACGGCUUCCAGCUCCGGGUGGCAGAGUCUGGACAGCACAGGCAGCUCAUCGGACCAGACCUCCACCCAGGGGCCCGGGUUGGGCGUCUUCUCCCAGUGGAGCAGCAACGGGACCGUGGUGGGCGGGGCCGGAGGCGUGGAGGCCGGAAGGCAGGGUCUGUGGGGGGGGAUGAGCGGGCCCGGGUAUCCCAGCACCAGCCUCUGGGGGUCCCCGGCCAUGGAAGAUCGUCACCAGAUGGGCAGCCCCGCCUCACUGCUGCCGGGGGACCUGCUGGGCGGGGGGGGCGACUGACACAUUUUUAAGUUGUGAUGUCACACUCUGUAUUUAUUUACAUGUAGAGAUGACAUGAAUAAAAGCUACAUUGGUCACCCAGCAGUCAAACUACACACACAUUCGUUAAGCCGCUUUAACUUUAAAUGAAGACAACAGUAAAACUUGAACUUGGAAAUCCAUUCAUCUCUGUAACUGGAUAGCUCUUCGGUCUUUUUACUCCAAAUCCCAUUGUUCAGAGACCCGAUCACUCAGGCAUGCACUGUAGACAGGCUCAGCCAGAGUCGUACAAGUUUAGCUAUUGCUGUUUUUAGUGUGCCACAAUUUACUUUCUUUUGUAUUACUAUGUAAUCUCAAAAAAACAAAAAUGUCAGACUUGCAGACUGAGCCCUCAUAGACCUGGCUGGCGUUCUUCAAAGUUCUCAUGUUCGGAGGGGAAGGAUCUGGAGUUUGUAGAGGAAAUUUUUUGGGGGCACAGCGCCACACUACUGAGUCAAACGGACGAUCAGCAAAGAGAAGAAGAGCGUCUUUUUUUAAGUAGGUACCGACACCUUGGUGGAAAUAUGCCAUCAACAUGGGACCCAGGGUAAAAAAAAAAAAAAUCAAAACAGAAACAACAUUAGCCAAACUUGCACUAUAUGCCUCUGGGUUUGUUGUUGACACAUCCGCCACAGAUCCCUCCAUUCUUUUUGAAACAGAGCUACAAAACAGGACGACUUAAUGUUACAACAGCAGUGGCCUUGGCUCACAACCAGCGGCCACGUCAGCAGCCUUCACACCGUUCAUCAGUUCCACACUGCUCUUAUAUUUGACAAGCAAAAUUGUAUCUCCUCAUUGAUGUACGUCGAGUGUUCAUCUUUAUUUUCUGUUUCUGUUUUAAAAGAAAAAUGUGAGAAACUUUGUGGAAAUUCAAAGAUGUCCUCUUUUUUUUUUGCCCUUCAAACACUGACCUCGCUAUUGUAUUUUUUCUUACUCGAGAAAUCAAGUUGGUUAUUAUUAUAUAUUGUCAUGAUGUUAAUGAUGACUCCGAUCACUUAUUUACUCGCUGUACAAGGUGCCCUCCUGCCUGCCUGUGUGUGCAUGAAAGGAGUGAUGACAGUAUGACCGAAUGGAGGAGGAUGUGAUGAAGAUGAUGAUGAUGGUGAUAUCGGGAGUGUCUGUGUUAUUGCUACAAUGUUGAAUGUUUUUUUUUUCUUUCUUGUCCAUGAGAUUCAUGGUGUGUGCGUGUGCGUGUGUGCGUGCGCUCUUGAACACUUAUUCUGCUCCGGUCAGGGAAGUGAAUUAAUCUGACGGCUUACAUUUGAGAGAAAGUGUGUGUGUGUGAGUGUGUGUACAUGUGCUCGACUGUUUGGAUAUUGUAAUAGCUAAAAAGUUCAAAAACAUUGGCACUAUUGCAUACGUCUCUUAAGUUUUUCGUGCAUUUUUUUUUAGCAGCAUUUCGUUCCUGUUUGUAUUUUUCUUUUUUUUUCUGCCAAUUGCAAUAAGAGAAUAUUUUGUUUUUAAGACGAAGUAACCAACUGAAGGCAUUUCUAUUAAAAAUGCCAAAUCCUACCAUACCAAGCUGAGCUGGAACAGUGUUUUACAGACACGUUAAAGACAUUACCUGUGAUGUUUUACUGUUUUUCUUUUUGUUUUGUUAUGUAUCAAUUUAAAUUAAGUCAGUCUUUAUUAUCACUCCUGUUCAGGAUGUUUUCAUUUAUUUCAGAUGUUACAAAAAGGAGAGGAAAUUAAUUUAAAGCAGAAAAGAACAAGAUAAUAAAGGUUGAAUUGAA